CAAUCAAAAAGGGCGUGCUAUCGAUUUCAACCACAGCGCGAGAUUUGUAAACAAGAAAUUUGUUUUCUCAAAUUUCUGUACAUAACUUGCUUAAUAUGUUUAAUCAAUAUUGAGGAAGGACAAGAGUGAUCUGACAAAAUGAGGAAGGAUAAAAAUUUAAGGACAUAUGGCAGACAUAAAAACAGAGUGAUUAUCUCUGAUGUAUGGUUCUCUGACAAUGAGAAGAAACAAGGAGGAGUGUUCAGUACAUCAUCAGAUUCAUCGCGUCAGAAUAGCAUCUUUCAGUCAAGCAGCAGUAGCGAAAAUGGGGCAUUGUACUUGAAUUCUACAGGAAACAGUGACCAUUCAAUAUUCGGUACAAAACCCUCAGGUGUUCAAACAAGAAUAAAUUCAGUAUUCAACAACGUCUAUGUUAUAAAUGCUUUCUUCAUUCUACACAGAAGCACACGAAAGACUAAGCAGAUACAAAAUAAGGAAAAUGUAUAUGGAACACAUCAACAUAAAAAAUCAGAAAACUGCAAAAGUAACAGAAAGGCUCCAAAAACUAAGAAACAGAUCCUCUCAGUUUCUUCGAGUACAGAUAAAUCACUUGGUUCAGAAAGAAUUUCCAAGACAAGAGCCCUCAGAGAUAGGAACCAGAAAAUUGACUAUAAUGAUUCGGCAAACCUGAACAAACAGCUACGUGGCGCCACUGCAAAACGGAAAAGAGCUGUGAAGCAAAUUAAUAACAGAAAAGAAUGUAAUGAAAUGUCAGUUAAUUUCAGUGACUUUGAUAACUAUAGCCUAGUGGUGUCAGACUCACCACCAGUAGAUAUUAGGAAUAUAGAUAGCAAUUUAUUGUCAGUGGAGACCAGUACCCCUGUAGCAAAGAGAACCAGGCAAAAAGAUGCUGCUGAUAACAAUAUGCAAGUAACUGAUAUAUCACAUAUAGAAAUGGUAUCUAGCCCGGAGAAUGAUGCUAGUGUCUCGGAAGUCUGUUCACCUGAGAGUGCACAUUCACAUAGCCUGUUUAAUACUCCAUCAGUUUUGUCAUCAAAUUGUUCGGAAGAAUUGUCAAAUUGGUCGAAAAAGACAGGUGAUUCUGUAAAUGGUGCUCUUAAACUGUCUUGUGCUUCAGUUAAGCUUAGCAAACUGAGAGAAAGUUUUAUUUCAAAGGCAUUAUCAGGUGGUGUGAAGUCAAACUUAGAUGGAAGCCAUGUGCAUUCAACAAAGGCAAAUAGUCGCUUUAAUAACUCAGAAAGUUUGUUCAGUCCAGUUGACAGGAAUCUGGAAAAGAAUCUAUCACUUUUAACUGAAAAUUUUAAAAAGGUGCGGUGUAGACAGUUGUAUAAUGAUUCAGUGACUGAAGACGCGAGUAAUGUUACAGAAAACAAAGUUGACAGUGAUGAGGAGAUGGAUGAAGAGGAAAUUGAAAUCGAAGAUGAUACUGAAGAAAAUGAGGAAGAUAGUGAGACUGAAGGUGAUUCAGGGGAUAGUGAAGGUGAAGAGAACGAAACUAACAAUUAUACAAAGGAUGGAGAUUUAAGUGCAAUACACGAAGACGAGGAAGUUUCAGAGGUUGAUUCAGGUUCUGAAUCAGACAUUGAAAAUAGUGACACAGCUGAAUCUGAGAGUGAUGAAGAGGAAAGUGAAUGUGGUAGGAGAAUAACUAGAAAUCAGGAGAAAAAUUCAAAAUCCAAUCUAGAAAGGUUAUCUGAAAGUUUAUUAAUGAAUCAUGUAAAUCGAAGAAGAACUACCAGAGCGACAAAGGUAAUACAAUGUGAUGAAGAUAUUGAUGACUUAGCAGAGCUGUUAGAUGAGUCUCACAUUGAUUCUAGUGAAUCGAAUGCAACUUUGUAUCUUAUUAAUGAUGACAAUAGUGUCGAGUCACAACAGAGUGGUCUGUCCACCCAUGAAGAGGAAAAUUCUGAAUUAGUCACUGAUGAAAGCCGGGGAGAGACGGGGAAUGAGUCACGGUCAGUAUACCACACUGCUCAGUCAUCAAGACAUAGCGAUUAUCAUUCUGCAGAAGAGGAUGAUGCAGACGCUGAUAAUGACACUGAUGGUAGUGGUGAGGACGAUGAUAGUGAAGAAGAGGUGGAAGAAGACCCUUCUACUCCCCCAAGAAUAAAGUACAGUUUGCGUGGUAAAUUCCAAGAGCUGCAGAAUUCAUUCUCGGAACUUUUGACACCAAAAAAGAGAAAGAGUAGUAUGAUACCACUGUCAGCUCAGGCUAGAAUUCUCGUUCUCUGUGAUCAGACAGAACCAAUAACCUUUACAACAGCUCUUACAAAGAAAAUGAUCUCAAAGUGUAAGAAGAUAGGAGAAGGAGUGUAUGGUGAGGUUUUUAGAGCUAUCAACAGUAAUGGAGAUUCUGUUGCCAUUAAGAUCAUACCUAUAGAAGGUGAUUUUGAAGUGAAUGAUGAAAAGCAGAAAAAGUUUGCAGAAAUUCUACCUGAAGUUGUCAUAGCGAAGGAAUUAAGCAACUUACGUAACAGUAAAUCCUCUAUGACAUCAAACUUCUGUGAAGUUAACAAUGUAUCAUGUGUUAAAGGAAAAUAUCCAGCCGAGUUACUGAAACAGUGGGACUUGUUCCAUAAAAAUAAAGGCUCAGAGAAUGACAGACCUGAUGUGUUCCCAGAAAAGCAACUGUACAUUGUGUUUGAGUUUGCUGAUUGUGGAACUGAUUUGGAAUCAUAUCAGUUCACAACAAUCCAACAAGCUAAAAGUGUUCUGACACAAGUGGGGUAUGCGCUGGCAGUGGCAGAGGAGGCACUGCAGUUCGAGCACCGAGAUCUUCACUGGGGUAACGUACUUGUCCGCCCAACAGACAAGGAAGAUAUUACAUUCAGAUUGAUGGGUAAACCGGUUGUUGUACCGACACAAGGCGUGGAAGCCUGUGUGAUAGACUUUACUAUGUCACGACUGACCAAAGAUGGAUGUACAGUUUAUACAACAAUACCAGAUGAUGACACGCUAUUUGAUGGGAAGGGAGAUUAUCAAUUUGAUAUUUACAGAGAGACUAAGAAAGAGAAUAAAGGUAACUGGGAGAAGUUUAAUCCACAUUCCAACGUCUUAUGGUUACAUUAUCUGGCUGAUAAACUUGUAUAUUCUACGAAAUACCAGAGUCAAUCCAGUCGACAGGAACGUGACGUGUUACGGGAAUUCCGGCAGUUUAUGUCAACUAUGUUAGACUAUAGCAGUUCAGCCGAGAUGGCUGUCGACAGUUUGUUUAUGAAUUCUUGAAAACUGUGGCAUAAAUCAGUGGGAAAAAUAGCAUGGUAUCAAAAUGUGCCAUAUGGAAACUGGGCCAAGAAGCGAACAUUUGUUUUAAUAUGAUUUCGGAGAGAACUUGUUAAUGUGUCAACUGAUGUUUGUGAUGUAGAAGUGUGUUUUUAAAAUUUUGUACAUCUAGGGUUUAAUGAAAUAACAAAAACUAAAACUUUAAAGUAAUACAUCUUUCCAUUCAUGCGAUUGGCUUAAGAAUCUAAAUAUAAAAACAUUAAAAUAUUGUAUACUUGUAUUUAAAUCAAAAUAUUGCAAGGGCUAAAUUGAAGUAUUUUUGUAGCAAAAAAAAAAAAAAAGUUAAAAUUCUGAUUUAUGAAAAAAAGACAUUGAUCGAACAGGGGUAAAGUUAAAUCCAUGAAUGCCAACAGUGAUAAAGGUUUAUCAAAGUCUGUAGCUAGGUUGCACAUCAGUACACUUUCACCAGGAUAGCGCUAAGCUAGCUUACACAUUAGUUCAGUUUGUGACCAGCCUAUACUGAUUGUUUCUAAGAAUAAGGUUUCUGAUUUUAAAUAUCCUUCCACACCCCAGCACAUGCACAAAAUAAAGUGGCAAUGGCAAUUUCACACCAUGACAAGUUCAUUAAUGGAUUCGCAAAAAUUAGAAUUAGUUCUAUUUGUGCCUUAUUUAAAUGUUUAUACAAGAUGAAAGCGCAAAAAUUGUUGCUUUAAAGGCACCAUUGUUUUCGGCACAGGAUAAACAGUAUACAUUUUCUUUGGUCAAUUCUUUUCUCAGGAAGCAACAAACUUUUUCAUUUUAAUUUUUCAACAGAUAUUUCUUUAAAAUAUUCUUCAUUUGACUAAUUAUAUAAACUUGUUGUUACAAUGAAAAUUUGUUAAUUCAUUAAAGUGACAUUAUGCUCAUGUUAUGACUGUGUGGGUUCAAAACUUCAAAUCCUGUCAGAGGCAAGCUGUUGUUUCCUUGAGCAAGAAACUUAACACUCAUUGCUAAGUACCGGUUAGUUCCAUAAAUAGAUUGGAGAGUGUUUCAAUAAGCUUAUAGCUUCCUUUACAAUCAAACUAAAAUAAGUUCGUUUAAACUAAACUAAUUGUUUAGGAUAAAAUACAAAAUUUUCUUAAAUAUAAAAGACUGCCCAACUCUUUUAUAAAUGUAGAUCAUGGAGGUAAUUAACUAUUCCGGAGACAUUUAUUAUGGAACUGAAAACAAGCAUGACAAAAUGUAGAUACUUUGAAUUUUACCUGAACAACCACCAUCUACUCUUGGGUGGGUGAUGCCUAUGGAUCUCUAUCAUACUGUAUCAAAUCAUGACCUUGAGGAUAGGCGAAGGUCAUUUUGUUUUAAAAAUGGUUUUAAUUACAAUUAAAAUGGUUAAGUUUUCAAAGAGUACACACAAAACAUUUGACUUUAUGAUUAUGAUGAACUGUUUCAUACAGAUUUGUGUUGAUAUAUCAAAGUGUAAGGUUAUGCCAGUUCAGAAGUGUAAACAUGUGUAAACUUGUGUCAAAGUAUUCAGCGUUUCUUAACCCCAUUUUAACAAUAUGUGACAUGAAUGAAAUUGUUAAAUUCAAUUUUUUAUAUAUGUGUAAUUUUAAAUUAUAAAGCAAAGUAGAAAUGUUAAAAAAUCGUUAUGAGAUAUAAAUACAUAAAAACAACAAAACAAAACUUUGAAA